AUGGUCGAGCGUGCGGGGGCUGAUGGUGGUGGAGGCGGCGGCGUCCUGGAGGAGACGCCGCAGGCGGCGGCGUCGAAGGCGCCGUCGGCUAUGGAGGAGGCACCGCGGACGGCGGUGCCUGAGGUGGCGACGCAGGGCAUCCCGGCAUCCGGGUCGCCGUCGGCGCUGGGAGGGGCGUCGAAGGAGGUGCUGGCUGUGUUGCAAGCGGCCAGCGGGGGGCACGCCUUGGUGCCCCGGCAGGGCGGGCGCCGAGCUGCCGUGCCGCAGCCCGCACGGAGCAGGGGCGUGUCCGUCUUCGGGCCUCAGACCCAGGAGGAGGUGGCGCUGGAUGCCGUCAGCUGCCGCCUGCGAGGUCGGACGGAGCGUCUUGAGGCCUUCGCCCAGGCCGAGACGGAGCGGACGCGCGACCUGGAGUGCGCCGUCCUGGUGCUGUCUUGGCGGACCCGACUGCUUUGGGCUGGUUAUCAUUAUGACCGGCAUGUUGCUGAUGCCGUCCGCCUUGGCGUUGAGGCGGCGCGGGCGAGGGCGGAGGUGGCCGCGGCCCAGCGGUCUCUUGACGAGGCCAACCGGCUGCAUGAGCAGCUGGCGGGUCACAAGAGCCGCCUCGAGGCCGAGGUGGAGCUUCUGAAGGCGGAGGCCGCCAAGGUGAUGGAGACGCAGCGGGCCCUGGCCGAGGCAGACCAGCAGUGCGGCCAGCUGGCCGACGACAAGGGCCGGCUCCAGGCCGAGGUGGAUCGCCUGCGGGAGCAGGCCGCCGCGGCCGAGGAGGCUUGUCAGGACGAGACUCGUCGUCGGGAGGCGGCUGAUAAGGCGGCCGAAGACAAGGACGCCGAGCUGAAGGCGGCCGAUCUGGAGAAGGCACUCGGGGAGCGCGAUCGUGUCGUGGAGCGGGAGCGGCGUGGUAUGUUGCUCGAGGCGCAGCACCUGGAAGAGUCCUUCUCUAGGCCUUCCCGGAGACGCAGCGGCUGGCGGAGGAAGCCGUUCGCUACCAGCGCGACCCGACCGGCGUUGUCGGGUCUGGAAUGGAUCCGCGGGUGGCCUGGACCUUCCCGGAGAUCAUCGCCGCUGCAGAGGCCCGCCUGCGGAUCCUGGGGACGCAAAUGGAACGGCUGUCCCAGGCUGGCACCGCGAUGA